AUGGCCCCUGCCUUGCUGUUAUCGUCUAUAUUCCUCUUGCAUCUUCCACUCAGCACGAACAGGCUGCAUUGCCUCCAAAACGCACCACUUGAAUCCUGCCUCUGCUCCUUUGUCCAUCUGAAUCACCCUCUCCACGUUUCUGACCCUGCAAUCCUGAUCUCACUUCAUGAGGAGGCAGUUCGCUUCCCUUUUGCAUUUAGCUUUCCCCAGGAUACACUGUCAACAGCCUACUACUGUCUGAUGUCAUCAGUCAGCACUUCAUCAGAGACAAUUAUGUCUACAAAGCUUUUGGCUAAUUACUGUCACUCCUCCUUACACAUGUGCAUAUGUAUAUCAUCUUUCCCUAGUGAGACUGGAAAUAAUGAUUCCUUCCCUGGAGGAGUGGUUUCCAUAAAUGACCAACCCACUGACCAGUGCAAGCUAGCUGCGAAAGAGCUUCCUCUGAGGAACUUAUUAGAUGCAGAUUCUUGGACUGCAUGGGAAAGGAGGAUCUCAUAAAUGUGGCUGUAAUAGACACAGGACAUUAGGUGUAAUAUGGGCAGGACUCCGGACUCAGCAUAUCCAACAAGCUGCUGGCUGAUUCUGAUGGUGCCAACGAAUUAUCAGGUUGGGAACUGCUGCCGCCUGAGAACCUAGCAGAGAGCUGCCAGGUGCUCACUCCCCUAUUGUUUGGGUGCAUGCCUCCUGAUAAUGAAC